CAUUUUGCUGCCGCAGCUGCUGUGGCGCACACAGGGAGUCGAGAGGUGCGCUCUUUUCUUGGGUGACUAUGCCGUGUCUGGAGAGAGCUUGCCCAUUACACUGAGCAGCGAUCACUGAGCGCGCUUCUCUACAGCAGAAAAAAAACCUCGGGAUGUUGUCAUUCUCUCUCGCAGUAAGGUCGGUUUCCAGAGAGCAGUGAAGACACCGCUCAUUUACCAUGAGCUGUUUGGAUGUUAUGUACCCAGCCUAUGGACAUUACGCACCGUACGCACCGACUGCUCCCGCUUUUGUUAACAGCUUACAGGCUCCCACAGGUCUGAGCAGAACUUCUCCUCAUUGCCGGGAUUUUAUGGACACUCCCAGGGCUCCCGAGGGGAUGUCUGGGGGCCCAGGCACUGGAGGAUCAACUUCCUCCUCAUCUUCAUCCAGCUCUUCUACUUCAUCCUCUUACACUCCUGCAGCUCUAAGGCCAGAAGAGGGCCCCAAGGAGAAGCAGGAGGCCCCUGAGGCGGAGUACCUGAAUUCUCGAUGUGUCCUCUUCACCUACUACCAUGGUGACAUCAGCAGCGUGGUGGAUGAGCACUUCUCCAGGGCACUAAGCUCCUACAUGGAUGGAGAGGGCAAACGUAGGGCACCAGACCAACAGGGCACAGAAACACCGUCACCCAGCAGUCGACGAAGCUUCCCUCCAUCCUUCUGGGACAGUAACUACUCCUCGCCUCAGAGCCGCUCCCACUGUGAGACCAGUGCGCCCUCUUAUUCCAUGGACCCGUACGCAUCAGGGCUGCACCCUGGUCUGCCGCAUCCACACGCUCACCCUCACCCACACGCUCAUCCUCAUACCCACCCUCACCCACCAGAGAGCUGGGGGUAUCCUCAGGCUCAAGCCUACGGGCCCCCGCGGCCUCUGCAUGAACUGUACUCACCAUCAGCUCUGGAGCCCCAUUAUGGGCCGUUGUUGAUGCCCACAGUGAGGCCCCCUCACCUCCCCUCACUGCCAAGCCACUAUGAAGUGAGCAAGCUGGAGCCCGCUGCCUCCUGGCCCGGCCUGCUGCCACCAGGGGACGUGAGCCAGACGCUGGCUCUCAACAUGGAUGCAGGCCUCCAGCAGCACAAGAAAGGCAAAGAGCUGUACUGGUUCUAACGAGCCCUUCAGUCACAUUGACCAGCCAUUACCAGAUCCAAUUAGUCCCUGGACCUGCUCCGCUAUUGAAGCAGCGUGUUCCUUUAUCCCACCAACACACACUCACAAACCCCCCACUCCAACCCCCUCUGCUCUCUGUUUCAUGGUCUCCCCCUGCCAGUACACAGCCUCGCUCCAGGUCGACGUGUGUGCACCAUGGAGAUAAAGCUGAGCGAGGGAGAGAAAUCUGUGUUGUCUCUCUCUUUUUUUUUUUUUUUUUUUUUUUUUUGCCUCUCUCCUCUGCUCUCUCUGCUGCUUUGGCGAAGUGUGAGCCACUGUGACCUGUUUGGACCGAGAAAGACGGGAUCACAACAGACUUUAGCAGUGGACAGAGAGAUAGAGGGAUGAAUGGAGGGACUACGGCGAGCAGGGACUCCCUCCAAUGUCCCUGGCUAUCUCGGUCUCAUGUUCUUUGUUAGAACGAACAUCAUCCAGUUAUCUGCGUAUCAACAAAUGCAACAUAAACAGGAGUGAUGAUUCUGCUGGUUUUCUCUCCGUGACUGUCCUCAAUUACCUUUUUUCCUGAUUGUUAUGAUAUAAUUUUGAAAUAAAGUAUUCUAUUUAUUGGUGUGUAUGUGCAUUUCUAAACAUGUUUGGUUAGGCCAGUGUUCUGGAGUUGUUUUCUAAAGCAAGAAGUGGUGAUGGCGUACAUCAGCUAAGGUCAUUUGUCGAAGACAUAUCAAACAGUUCAACAAGUAUUUGUUUGCUCUGACAGAUUCAAGAUUGUGUUUCUCUUUCAUUUUGUUCCAUUUUUGUUCCUUAUUUCUCUGUGUCAUUCUUGGAUGCUUUGAUCGGACUUUAUGAAUAUUUUUUGACUUUAUUUGUGUGCUAUUUCUCAUUUUGUGCCCAGGAAGAUUGUGAUGUCAAUAAAUAUUUUUAUGGUAAAUUAUUGCAUCUGUUAAGUCUCUGCAUUGCAUCACAUCACAAAAAUUAUUUAUGCUAUUUAUGGUAGAAUGUAAUUUUAGUUCAAUUUCUGUACUGUAAUGUAUUAAGAAAGUAUUCAUACCACCUUGAGUUUACUCUACA